AUGAACAUGACAAAAAUCAUCAAAUUAUUGAUUCAUCUGAUUUAACUUCUUAAUUAGAAGAAUAUUAUGCAUUUGAGAUAUAAUAAAGAGCUGAAAAAUAAAGAUUUUCUGUUAACAAUAAAAUAUUUGUUUUAAGUUUAUUCAAGAAAAUAAUAAUAAAUGUUAAGUGAGGCUAAUUAAGUAAAAACAAUUAAGUGA